GUAAUUUUUAAAAAUUAUUUAUGUUCAAAUUUUCUCUUUAUUUAUGUUUUUCAAUUUCUUAUUUCCUUCUUAUUUAGGAGUAUGUCUCUAAGGAUCCUCUACUCCUUUAAUUUUUUUUUCUCCACUACUUUCUGUUUUCCUUCAUGAUUUCAACUUUUGCUGCUGCAGUUUGUUGUGCUUGAGAACUUUCUAUUUUGGGGAUGAAUUAAUCAUUUUUACUCUAAUUUUCUCGGAACUCAAAGUCAUUACUGUAUUAUUAUCGAAAAUGUCUAGUCAUCACCUCUCACUUUCAGUGCCUCUGUUCUUCACCCCAUUUGCUACUACUUUUCCAAGUCAGUCAAGAGAAAUAAGUUUAAAAAUACAAAAACCAAACUCUGGAACAAGUCAAGUCAACUCGACGAGGCAGAACAGAGCUGAUAAGCUUUUUGUAAGAACUAAAAUAGUUUUUCUUUCUAAGUCUAUGAUUUUUCCUUGUAUUUUGAUUUCUAGAUUUCUUCUACUUUGUUGACUGUUUCUUGAAGUAUGUGUGGAAUUGGAAGGAAAUAUGUGUGAGCAAUCAUUCUCUUGAUUUUUUUUCUUUUUUAUUUUUUUUUGGUUCUGUUUCUGUUGUUUUGUGCUCUGGGUUUGAUGAACUUUUGCUGAUAGUGACUCACUGAUUUCAAGUAAUUCAUCUUUGUUAUGAUUCUUGAUUGCUUUCUGGGUUUCGCCUAUUCUGUAGUGGCCAAAUCGAGUUUGUGAUCUUCUUGAUGGCUGAGUAUAGUUGACUUUUGAGUCUUUGAUUUCACAUGGAAAUUAAAAUUCUGAAAAAGGUUGUACUUUAUUGUAGAAAUGAGAAAUAAUGAUUCUGAUUCGAGAACUGGUACUUCAUAAAAUAGGGGGAACAAAAAAAAUUGUGAGACUUCAGUCUAGAUUACUUGUGAAAUGCUCUAAUUGAUCCUAUUUAGGCUUCUCCAUGUUUUCCUAAAUUCUCUGGAGUUUCUUUUGUGCAUGUUGAUUGGAUUGGUCUAAUUGGUCGUAUUUUUGCCCUGUAGUAGUUUUCUGCUAAAACAAAAGCUUGUUAGCUUGUUAAAGUUGCUUACUAUUCUAGUUCAUUGUUAAUUUGCCCUCUAUGACAGCAUAGUACACUCAACUUUCUUUAUAUUCACUAAAUUCAUUCGAUUGUUCUGAUUACAAGGUAUCUCCAAUAAGGCAAAUUUGGUUUCUUUAAUAGACGAAUUCCAUGCUCUUUAGGAAGAAUGAAUGUUGUAAUUCAUGACAUAACUCAAGGAGGAUAAUUGACCAAGUUAUGGAAAGUGGAAAUGAUCUAUCUUCCUUAAGCUUUGCUGCUUCAUCUCCUGCAUCCCAUGGUUCGAGUACUCAAAGUAUGCCAUCCGCUGGCAAUGAGCCAGUGGCCAGUCUUGAACUCUUGAGUUUAACUAAAUUAAGUGGUAAUCUCGAAAAGCUAUUGCUUGAAACUGGGUAUGAUUACAGUGAUGCAGUCAUAGUGGUUGAGGGGAAUUCGGUGGGCCUGAAUCGCUGCAUCUUGGCUUCUCGAAGUCAAUUUUUCCAUGAUCUUUUUAAGAAGAGCGCCAAUGAAUCUGCGAAGGAAAGUAAGCCAAAAUAUGAUAUGAAAGAGUUGCUUCCUCAUGGAAAUGUAGGAUAUGAAACUUUCAUGGUUUACUUGCAUUAUGUGUAUACCGGGAAACUUAAGCCACUUCCACCUGAGGUUUCUACUUGUGUUGAUGACUCUUGUGUUCAUGAUGCCUGUGGACCUGCAAUUAAUUGCAUAGUGGAGCUAAUUUAUGCUUCUACGACCUUUCAGAUGAAAGAACUUGUGCUGCUGUUCCAGCGUCGACUACUCAACUUUGUUGAUAAGGCAUUUGUGGAGGAUGUAAUUCCAAUUGCUUUGGCAGCCUUCCAUUGCCAACUGAACCAACUCCAAUCACACUGUGUCCAGAGAAUAGCACGUUCUGAUCUUGAUGAUAUAACUCUUGAGAAAGAGCUUCCACACGAAGUUGUAAGUGAGAUAAAAUCUUUUAGGAAGCAAUCCAUCCAAGCCACGGAGCAUUUAGGCUAUGACAAGAGGGUGAGAAGGAUCCACAAAGCAUUGGACUCUGAUGAUGUAGAAUUACUGAAACUACUUCUUGAGGAAUCCGACAUCACUCUAGAUGAUGCUUUUGCGAUUCAUUAUGCCGCAGCCUAUUGUAACUCUAAAGUUCUAACUGAGGUGCUCAGUGUGGGGAAGGCUAAUCUCAACCUUAGAAAUUCGCGCGGAUAUACAGUGCUUCAUGUAGCAGCUAGGCGUAAGGAUCCAUCAAUCAUUGUAGGUCUAUUAAGUAAGGGAGCAUCUGUUUCAGACUUAACUGAGCAUGGACAAACCGCGAUAACAAUUUGCCGGAGGUUGACUAGGCCAAAGGACUAUAAUGAGUCAAUGACCCAGGGGAAAGAAACUAAUAAAGACAAAUUAUGCAUUGAUGUGCUGGCGAGGGAGAUGAUCAGAAAUCCACUGGCUGGUAAUAUGCCUAUGUCAUCCAUGAUGGUGGCUGAUGAUUUGGUUAUGAGACUGCUGCUCCUAGAAAACAGAGUGGCACUUGCGAGAGUAUUAUUUCCUCUAGAAGCUAAGCUAGCAAUGCAAAUAGCAAAUGCACAUUUGACUUCGGAGUUCCGUGGCCUUAAUUCAGCAACUAAAGGAUUGUGUGGAAAUCUGAGAGAGGUUGAUUUGAAUGAAAUACCACAUGAGCAAGUUAAGCGGCUUCAGAUGAGGCUAGAAGCCCUGCAGAAAACAGGUACUUCCGAGCUGAGCAUCCUUCACUUUCGUUGUUUACAGAAAUGCUGUGACUUUUUCCAUAGAAGAUCUAUGACAUAUUUAAAGUUUGGUAUAUCUGCAAUACAAUUGAGAUAUUUGCAAUUGCAAUUCUGAGAAAUGGAAAUGGCUGUAUGGCAUAACAUUCUGAUUGUAAGUAAGCUUCAAUUCUAUUAGGCAUUUCUUAAGAUAUGCGUCUUUGGUAAAUCAUUUCAGAGUGGUUCUUCAAUAAAUGAACAUUGAAGCUCGUAAAGCUGUUAAACUUCCCUCAGCUUCUCCCAACAGCCAUUUUGCUUCAUUUGCUUGAAUAACAAGAUGAAACAAGUGGAUGGACUGAUCAUAAAUGUUUCAGAUGCUUCGAAAGCAUUAUUACAUUAGGGAACACCUCUUGUUAUGUUCCAUUCUGUCUUAACAAACAUUUUUUAAAAAAAGAUAUCAUGUGCGUCAUCUUAUAAGGGAAAAAAAAAAAAAAAAUCCGCUGCCAUGCUUUUAUCAAUAUUAUCAAAAGUAAAAGUCCAAAAAAGUUAUCUGGAGCCUUCAGGUGGUAUUCUUGCCUAACAAAAGCUGACAGGAAUCCAGGAACAUUGAAAGGAUUGCUGAAGGUUUCAUAAGAUAAUAGAAAUGCAGUUUGCAUAUUAAUAACUCUACUUGGUACGUGGAACAUGUACGUGGAACAUGUCACCGUCAUUUUCCAUUUAAUUAUUUGCAUUUCUGAUGGUUAUACUUCAAUGACAGUGGAGACUGGACGUCGGUUUUUCCCCAACUGCUCAGAGGUUUUGGAUAGGUUCUUGGAGGAUGAUAUGCAAGAUACUCUACUUUUAGAGAAGGUUCCACCCGAGGAGCAAAGUGGGAAGAAGAUGAGGUACAUGGAACUCAAAGAUGAAGUGAAGAAGGCGUUUGAUAAAGACAUAGCUGGAAGAACCUGGGAGGGGGGUCUGUCAUCAUCCUCAUCUUGCUCAUCUUCUCCCAAAGCUGGCGCCAACCAUAAAGCCCGAAAAAGGCAACUGUACUAAAAUUUUUGUUUAGCUAGAAUUUCAUGAGCUUGAGGGCAUCAUAACCUUAAGAACAAAUAAAAGCAGAUACCUUACAGUUACACAUUGUUGCUUGUAUAUAUGUAUCUUGAUGAUAGGCGUGUUAGCAUAGAGAUCUUCUGAUGCUCAUUUUUUAUCUCAUUGGAAAUGAACCAAGUGAGUGAUGCUUGUGAGAUUGCGUAUCUGAUGCAUCCAAUUACCUGCUUUAGUUUUCAGGAGCCUCCUACAUUGUUUUCUACAUGAACUGAUCGACAGUCCUUGGCCCUGUUCGGAGGAUCUUUGCUUCCAUUAGUUGAUGAUAUAAGCUUUCUUCUGGAUGUAACAGUCUCAUAUGUCAGAACUUCAUACUACUGCAUCCAUUAGUGUCUUUAAAUUCACAGAUGAUCUUUCUAUUGUUGUUUUUCCAGAUCUGGAAAGACACUUAGCAACGAUGCAUUUGCAGGAAAUACAGAACUACAAAAGCAAUGAUGCAUUAGUGUCUUUACAUUCAGAGAUGGUCUUAUCCUUCCCAUUCUCUCCAUACCGUAGCAUAUAUUAUUAUUAUUUUAUUUUAUUUUUUGAUGAAAGGUAAAUUGUAUUACUUCUCAACAAACCCUCCGAAAGUUUACAAACCUAUUCCUUCUAUUACACUCUUCUGUUGCCUUUUUUAGCAAACCAAGCCUAAUUUCUGUACAAACAGUUUUUCAGAACUCUUAAACUUUUUACAAACUGUUUCAGUCUUCGAAGUAUUUCCUGUUUCAGCUUUCUAAACAGGACAUCAAUGUCCAUCAGAUUUGCUCCAUGGUGAGCUGCAUUCCUCUGUUGCCAAACCAGAUAAACUACUGCAGCCAGGGCACUAAAUAGAAUCCGUUGUUUACAUUUACUCUGGCACCAGAUUCUAGGUAAUCUUCUUCUCCAUUGCUCCAUCCUGUCAGGAACUCCACAACAGUCAAGCCAAUCUUUUACCAUUUGUAACAGCCUUUUGGAAUACUCGCAUUGAAAAAACAGGUGCUCAAAGCUUUCAUCAGCUAUCUGACAGAGUCUGCAUUCCAUCGGCUGAGUUAUAAUUCUCAGCUGCUGCAACCUGUCUGCUGUCAUCAGCCUUUUCUUCAUGGCUAUCCACACUAAGAAGCUAUGUUUAGGAAUAUUAUACUUCUUCAUGGCAUAUAUUAUUUGACCGUAAUUGAAAGCAAAUAUUUCUUGAUAAUGUUAUCCCCUUUAGAAUCCUGUUAACUAUGAUGACUGCAUUCAAUAACUGGUUCCGGAUCCAUCAUCCAUAUAACUAUAUACUGCAAGUUUACGAGUUUUCAUGGGCUGUAACUGCAAGUUUCAAAAACUUGAAGUCCAAAUGAGGCAAAGGGAGCCAUUAGUAGGCCUUUUAGAGGGGAAUAACUGAUGAUUCCUUGAGAAAUCAAGCCAACAGUUCUACAGCAACCUAAAUCCAAGCUCAGAUUUGAAAUUUCAUAAUUGAUGUGUUUACUAUUCCAACCAUUGUUUUUGUACCUCAGAUUAAACCAUCAAAAGGUUACUCACCAUAAACGCUUUUCUUUACAUCAUUUUCAUCAGAAGCACCUACCUGUCUAAACCAUUAGCCCUACAGGGAGCAUCCGUGCUAGUUUUACAGGAUUUUACAAACUCUAUCACGGAGGAAGCCAUCUCUUCAAUCCCUAAUUCCGCUGGGGUCGUAUCCACAACAAUCUUCGGCACAUCACCAACAUCAUACUCCCAACAACCUGCAUACCCUUCCAAGAGUUUCCCCAUAUCAUGCCAAGACCUUGGCUUGUGCCAGCUUGAUGAUCCCUGAACAUCUGCUUCCUCACCCCUCAUCUCGAUUCGCCUACGCCAUUCAUCCUGAUUCUUCGGCUUGCAUUCGACAAUAACAAGCCGAGCCUCAUUAUCAACUGCCAUCCUGAUCAGCCUGUCCAAGUGAGCCGGACGAGAGAGUGGCGAGUCGAUGACUACACUAAGCCCCAAACUAAGCUGAGUUGAGGCCACUUGCCACAUAACUUGGUAAGACAACUCAUUCAGGAGAUUUUUCGACGAUUCUUGAUGCUGAUCAGGAGUGGAUAACAUGAGGGUUUGUUCAAGUUCUUUUGUGCAAUCCCUGAAAUGAUCUUUGUCUAUGAGAGGACAUUUGAGAGCCUUGGCUAUGGAGCAAGCUAAUGUGGUUUUACCACUACCUGGAUGUCCUUUCAUUGCUAUAAUAACAAUAGGCCUUUGAUGGACUCCAUCAACCUGAUUCACUGCAGUCAUGGUUUUUUUCUGCUACUCCAAAUCAGGACUGAAAAAUUUGAAUACAAUCUGUACAUAUCCUUCCCAUAUGUAAGAGAUAAAAAUCUUGUGAAACCAAGCUUACAAUGGUUGCCACUUGCCAG